UCAUCUCACACGUGUCAGGAAUAUAAUCACACAGCGUCUCCGGGCUAAGAGCGCUGCAUUACGCCAUGGCCUACGUGCAGUCUACCCCCUAUAAACCACCGCUUCCGAAUCCAUCGACUUGGAAUCAACCAUUGAGGCAGCAGCAGCACUGCUCAUUUCGCCCUCCGCCUACAGAGAGAGUUAGUAAAAAGAGAGACAAGGAAAAGAAAACAGCAAUAAUCGAUCCAAUGGCGGCGAGUACAGAGGGAGUGAUCAGCAACAAGCAGGUGCUACUGAAAUACUAUGUGACCGGCUUCCCCAAAGAAUCUGACAUGCAACUCAUCACCGCCACCACCAAGCUCAAGCUUCCAGAAGGUUCCAUAGGGGUUCUGGUGAAGAACCUCUACUUGUCCUGCGACCCUUAUACGAGAUUCCGCAUGACCAAGCCUGAACCUGGCGCCGGUUAUGUCGAUUCCUUCAAACCCGGUUCGCCUAUAGGCGGAUAUGGAGUUGCCAAAGUUUUGGAAUCCGGGGAUCCCAAGUUUAAGCCAGGCGACUUCAUUUGGGGAAUGACCGGGUGGGAAGAGUACAGUGUUAUCACUGCAACAGAGUCUUUGUUUAAGAUUCAGCACACUGAUGUGCCUCUCUCUUACUAUACUGGAAUUCUUGGUAUGCCUGGAAUGACUGCUUAUGCUGGUUUUUAUGAGGUCUGCAAUCCUAAGAAGGGAGAGACGGUCUUCGUUUCAGCAGCAUCUGGAGCAGUAGGUCAGCUUGUUGGCCAAUUUGCAAAGUUGUUGGGUUGCUAUGUUGUUGGAAGUGCCGGAAGCAAAGAAAAGGUUGAUCUGUUGAAUAACAAGUUGGGGUUUGACAAUGCUUUCAAUUAUAAAGAAGAGCCUGAUUUGGAUGCAGCUUUAAAAAGAUAUUUUCCUGAGGGUAUUGACAUAUACUUUGAAAAUGUCGGGGGAAAGAUGCUUGAUGCAGUGCUACAAAACAUGAGGGUCAAUGGCCGGAUUGCAGUUUGUGGGAUGAUAUCGCAGUACACCCUUGACCAGCGGGAAGGUUGUCACAAUUUAAUAUAUCUGGUCAGUAAACAGGUUCGCAUGCAAGGUUUCACGGUUCUUAGUUACUACCAUCUUUACGGGAAGUUUCUUGAAAUGGUUCUGCCGGCCAUAAAAGAAGGGAAGAUAACUUAUGUGGAAGAUGUAGUGGAAGGCCUUGAGAGCGCUCCAGCUGCUCUGGUAGGGCUCUUUGCCGGCCGCAAUGUAGGAAAGCAGGUGGUUGCAGUUUCCCGAGAAUGAUUUCAUCAGACUCUCCAUGGCUCCGAAGUCUCAACCUUUAGCCAUAUGGUAUAACCGUCUACAGUGCAAAUGCUUUUCUUAUACAUUUACAAGUUUAUAUUUCUACAGGUUUGUGGCAAGCAUAUUAUCCCGACGAAUAAAUGUCUUUUGAUUUGCUUAAUAAUACGUAAUACCAAACCACUAAGGAUUUGAUAACAAACAAUACAUACAUAUUGAUUCCCUUGUAUUUUGGUCUAAUUAGACAACUCAUUCCAUG